UGGGACACCGAUGUUAUCAGCUGCGGUUGGCAGAUCAUACUGGUACACUGAAGCAAUUUCAUUUAGAUGGAUACAUACCGUCAACACAACACAACACUACCAGUGACAUCUCUGAAGAGUAUUGUUUUGGAAACUGUUGCAUGAUUUUAUACAAUCAAUGAUUUCAGGUGACCUUUGUGAUAUUCUCUCUAAAUUACAAGUAUGAGAUAUGGCGGGCAAACAGAGCCUCGGUCAGCCGAAUUCCUACCAUUGUGAUCACGAAACAAGCGUGGAAAGCUUUCGUCACAGCGAAAAGAUUUCGUUCGAAAAUGAUGACGUUUCCCACCAGAUUGAUGACGAAAUCAGUUCCUGUGAUUCUCGGAAGCAAUCAUUCCUGUCAAAUUGCCGGAGGGAUUUUUGGGGAUACCAGUCAGUUAUCUUGUUCAGUUCGUUUAUGUGCUAUUUCAUAUUCUGCGGGGUGUGUUACACCGUUAGUUUAUAUUACGUGGCCUGGAUGGAUGAAUUCGAGGCCGGAAGUGCAAUUACGUCAUGGCUGGGCUCGGUUCAUAUUGGAAUAAUAACUUUAGUAGCUCCCGUUAGCAGUUUUUUGACGGAUCGGUUCGGAUUUCGACCAGUUAUCAUUGCCGGUGGCCUGGUCUCCACCGGUGGACUCCUGGCCACAGUCUUCGUCAACAGCAUUUACAGUCUGUUCAUAACAUUCUCAAUAAUUACUCCCAUUGGAUUUGGACUGGUGUACGUUCCCUCGUCAACGAUAGUGUCAUUGUACUUUGACCGUGGCAGAGUUAUAGCCAACGGUCUGGUCACAUCAGGUGCUGGGUUCGGAAACUUCGUCAUGGCCUACGUACUCCACGCAGGAAUAGAAGCGCUCAACUGGCGCGGCUCAAUGUUUAUCUCGGCCGGCCUUGGCCUGCAAUUGUGCGUCCUCGGCGCACUUAUGCGAGAGCCAAAAUCGUGGACAGAGUUGAAACGGCAACAGAAAUUAAAAUCGAACGUUUCGCGAUCCGUAACGGUCAUGUCAGGAUUUCACCUUUACAAACGAAACGGAAUGGCCCUGUUCUUUAUCCACAUGCUGCUGGUCUCGGCCGGGCUCUCUAUAGUAUUUGUCCAUGUUACAGCCAUUACGGAGUCGCUAGGAGGGGUUACAAGGGCCAAAGCAAUUUUAGCAAUCUCCUUGAUCGGACUCUCAACUAUAAUCGGCCGAAUUGCCUCCGGAUGUAUAGGACAGCAUAAAAACGUUGACACAUUCCUCUAUUAUAUCUUGAGUCUGACUUUAAGCGGACUAUCGGCCAUCUUGGUUCCUUUUCUAAGUUUCUAUUCCGUCAUUCUCACGUGGACUGUGGUGUUUAGCCUGUUGGUGGCCCCUAGUGCAGGGUUGAUGCAAAUUAUCAUUCUGCACUUCAUUGGGUUGGCAGACCUGAACAUGGCCUUCGCUCAUACCGGUAGCUUCCUUGCAGUUGGUUAUAUUGUGGGUGCACCUGUUGCUGGUUGGCUAUUUGACUUCACUCAAGACUACAGCAGUUCAUUUUUCCUCGGUGGAAGUUUUAUAACAGUUGGGAGUUUAUUGCUAGUCAUACCCUACAUGAGGCACAGAAAAGAUGCAAAGAUUAGCGCUGUUGAGUUAGAUGAUAAUCUCAAGGCCACGAGUAUAUUCGGCAGCAUAGUUGGUAGUCAGUACCUUGAUGCGGUGAGAAGCCAUAACGAGCUGAGGCAGAGUGGCUUAGUGUUGAGGUUCGACCCAGGAGACUCGGAGAGCAAUGCCAAUGGAGCCGACGGCCGGGAUGAACGCCCGGAUUCAUGACCCACAUCCACGCUAUAGCGAGCU